AUGACCGUGCACCCGGGGCCGGCCGCCAUGAAGGCCGGGUUCGCGAACCCGGCGGCGGCGGAGAGCAAGCUGCAGAUCCGGCAGGUGUGGGCGCACAACUUGGAGGCCGAGUUCGCGUGGAUCCAGCACGCGCAGGAGCACUACCCCUACGUCUCCAUGGACACGGAGUUCCCCGGCGUGAUCCACGCCCCCAGCAAGCACCACGCGGAGCUCACCCCGCCGGAGCGCUACGCGAGCCUCAAGGCCAACGUGGACGCGCUCCACCUCAUCCAGGUCGGCCUCGCCUUCGCCGCCACCGCGGACUCCCCGCCCGCCGUCGCCUUCGAGAUCAACCUCCGGGAGUUCGACCCGCGCGUGCACCCGCACGGCAGCGGCUCGGUCGCCUUCCUCGCCGACAGCGGCAUCGACUUCGCCAGGAACCGCGCCGACGGCGUCGACGCGCGCGACUUCGCGUCCCUGCUCAUGGGCUCGGGCCUCGUCUGCCCGGGCGACGGCGACGACUCCGACGUCACCUGGGUCACCUUCCACCCCGCCUACGACUUCGGGUACCUCGUGAGGCUGCUCACGGGCCGCCACCUCCCCGACACCCUCCCCGAGUUCCUCCGCCUCGUGCGCGUCUUCUUCGGCAACGAGGUGUACGACGUCAAGCACAUGGCAAGCCGGUGCCGGCACUGGCUCCCCGGCUCGCUGGACGGCUUGGCGGACGAGCUCGGCGUGAAGCGCGAGGCCGGGAGGUCGCACCAGGCGGGCUCCGACAGCGCCGUCACCUGGGGCGCCUUCCGCCGCAUCCGCGAUAAGUACUUCGUCAACGAGGGCGUGCGGGGAUUCGCCGGGGUGAUCCACGGCCUCGAGUUCGAUCUCGACCUCUACCUCGCCGCCGCGGGCGACGAGAACAGCUAG